GCUGAAUCAGCUAUCUGCGUUAGAAUGUUCCAACAUCAAAUACUUUUAGUUUUAUGAUUUCGAACUCCCUUAAAGAUCAUCGAAAUCUAACAUGCAGAAAUCAUCUAAGGAAGAGUUUACAAAUGCCAGUACUCUGCAACAGUCAUCGCAGCCGACCCUACCAACCCUACAAGAGGUGUUAAACAUGACUGCUCCAGCCCCCUAUACACUCGAUUCUUUCGUUGAAUUUUUGUCGCGGAACGACCAUCUUCAGCCACUCGAGUUCAUGUUGGAAGCGAGAAGAUACAAGACAAGCUAUUGCGGAGUUUUCCAGCAGGCUGGAGAGUUGCAAACGCCGAGUCAGCGCCAACUGCAGCAUUUAGCCAUACUUUGGGAGCGCUUAGUCUCUAUUUACAUUUUACCUGGGUCACAAUGCGACGUCAAAUUGGCAGAUGACGCACUAAACCGUCUACAGAGAUAUGUGGAUAUGCCUAGUGUGCCGCCUAUCGAGAUAAGCGACUUCACCCUAAAGCAAGUGCAUGAUAAGAUGGCUGGAUUGAUAUUCUUACUGUUUCUAAACGAACGUACCUCGCUUAAUUGACAAUAAAAUUUACGGUGGGUGCAAGCUGUCAACCUUCGGUCAUGAUGCUCAGUUGGGUUUCGCGCGCCGCAAAGAAAUGUUAUUGCGUCGCUUGGCUUAGCGAAUACUAAUGCCGAUUCAACGACUUCAAUCGCCCUCCAAAACAGCAACCGGUUGCUUGAUUUAUUCCUCUCUUUGUCAUAAACUUCUUUUUCAUCAA